AAGGAGGAGAUGCGUUGCCGCUGCUUCCUGAUUGAAGACAAAAGCGGGGAGGGGAGAAGGACUGGGCUCUCCGUGCCCCCGCCUCCCUCAUCCCCGCAGACAUUCACAGACACAGACACACACAUAGACGUACACACACACACACACACACACACACACACACACACACACAGAGAGAAAGAGAGAGAGAGAGGAGUCGCUGCGGCCGCCGGGCUGGGCUCCUGCCCAUUUUCCCGCUCCUUUCCGAAGAGAUCAGGCACUUGGUCGCCCGAGCAGCCUCGAGGAGCUAAGGAAUUAAGCGUCCCAAAUUUGGAGGCCCAUCUCUGAAGAAGAAACCUCAGCGGCACACUGAUUUGGAGCAUCUGUUGAGAAGAGAGUCCCCAGAUGGCCAGCAACAACACGGCCAACAUAGCCCAAGCCCGGAAGCUCGUGGAGCAGCUGAAGAUGGAAGCCAACAUCGAUAGAAUAAAGGUGUCCAAGGCCGCGGCGGACUUGAUGACCUACUGCGAGGCCCACGCCAAGGAAGACCCCCUCCUGACCCCCGUCCCGGCCUCAGAAAACCCGUUUCGAGAGAAGAAGUUCUUCUGUGCCAUCCUGUAACGCCUCCAGGGAGUCUGGGAAGCCCUCGGCCUCGGGGACCGGGGUGUAGAGUUUUGAGCAACACGGUAGCCUUUCCAGUCCACAAAAUUGAAAGAGAGGGAGGAAGGGGGUGGGGGGGACCACGCGGACGCUAAAGGCGAGUGCAUGUUUAACCA